UUGGCCGUAUUCCAAGCCACCAAAUAUAUGUGAUGUUGUUAGUAUAAGGUUCUCGUUCGGACAUCUUCGUGCUUGCGACGUAUCCUACUUUUCUUGUCUCACAUUUCCUACUUACUCUGAAGUCGUGAUUUAAAAGCAACUCACGAGUCGCAAUCAACAUUGAUAAAAUAAAACCCCUAGAUCUCAAACGAAGUCUUGGUGUUGAAUACGCUUCUGUAACACCGCAUGAAACUCGAAAGCCGGGUAUUGAGAUUACCGUGUAAAAGAGACCCAAGCACCGCCUCGUUGGAUUUGGGUACUUCUGGAGUACUUCUCUGGAGUAGAAAGUCCUAAGUCUUGGUUUUGGUACUUUGUUUAAAUUGAUUCCUACAAUCAAACGAUAGCGAACGGACGGGAGAUAUUAUUAAACGAUACCAUUUCAUAUUGUGAUUUCGAGGACGACAUAAUUGGCUGUUGAUCGAAAAAUGGACGGCGACUUGUCAAUAAUUAUGGAGCGGGCGGCCAACGAGACUACAAUCGAAUGUGAUAGAUAUGGUCGUUGUUUUGAAGGUGAUGAUAUUCCUUUUUGGCUCACCAAGACAGGACAAAUAAUCAGAUGGUCAGUCUUCUGGGGGCUGUUCCUCAUUUUCAUGCUAUGGAUUAUUGUCGGAUAUUGGCAUGCGAAGAGAAGAAUAGCAAAGGGCUUGAAACCGCUGGCAUAUCAUAGGUGGAUGUUAAACAGACGACAACGAGCACAAUAUGACCCAGCCUACCAGACCCCCAACGUAUACUACAAUCAAUUUCCAGCGGCAGGGGGACAAUAUGGCAUGCACCCUAUGCCACCGCCAAUGUAUGAUCCGAAUGCGCCAUUGCCACCCACAUAUCAACCACCUGCUGGAGCGACUAAAGUCGAUCCGUCGCAAUGGAGAUCAGAACCAACAAGACGUCCAGCCGAUGAUGGUGGAGAGUCUGCUCCCGAUUACGAGGCACCUCCUGGACCUCCUCCAACAAAUCUCCAAACAAACAAUACUGGCGCGAGCAAUAAUCCAUUUCGAGGUUAA